CAUGGCGCAGGAGGAUGCAGGUCGCUAAUGGCAGUCUGAGGGAUUUACCCCACCUUCUGUCUUUAUUUAUGUCUGUGUGUUCGGGUGUGUGACAUUACUGAAGGACUACAUCUCUGCUGGGCUGCUAUCCCACCCCCCUCCUAACCCCAACCCCUAAAAAAAACCUAAAACCCCCUCCCCUAAAACCCCGAACCAGCACCAGGACCAGAAACCAGGAUCAGGAUCAAACCUCGCCCCCGAAAAACACGACAUGUUUGAGGGCAAAAAGACGAACAUGUUCCUCACGCGGGCUUUGGAGAAGAUUUUGGCCGAUAAAGAGGUGAAGAAGGCGCACCACAGCCAGCUGAGGAAAGCCUGCGAGGUGGCACUGGAGGAAAUCAAAGAGGAAUCAGAGAAAUUAAGUCCUCCUCCUAGUGAUGUGAAGUCCGGCUCCAGCACUUUACCUCCCAUCAAAUCCAAAACCAACUUCAUCGAAGCCGACAAGUACUUCCUGCCGUUCGAGUUGGCCUGUCAGUCAAAAUGUCCUCGAAUCGUCAUCACCUCGCUCGACUGUCUGCAGAAGCUGAUAGCGUACGGUCACCUGACAGGAAGUGCUCCUGACAGCACGUGUCCGGGGAAGAAGCUGAUUGACAGAAUCAUCGAGACGAUCUGCGCCUGCUUUCAGGGACCUCAGACUGAUGAGGGGGUGCAACUGCAGAUCAUUAAGGCCCUCCUGACGGCGGUGACCUCGCAGCACAUAGAGAUCCACGAGGGCACGGUGCUGCAGGCGGUCAGGACCUGCUACAACAUCUACCUGGCCAGCAAGAACCUCAUCAACCAGACCACCGCCAAGGCCACGCUCACUCAGAUGCUCAACGUCAUCUUCGCUCGCAUGGAGAACCAGGCA